CGCCCGCUCACGCUCAACGAAAUCAGCGACCUUGUCGGACAGUUUGCGACGGUAGCCAAGAACGCGGUGGAGGUCGCGGGCUUUGACGGCGUCGAGGUCCACGGCGCCAACGGGUACCUCAUCGACCAGUUCCUCAAGGACGGCAGCAACACGCGCGACGAUGCGUACGGCGGGUCGAUUGAGAACCGGACGCGCUUCUUGCGGGAGAUCUUGACGGCGGUCUCGGAUGCGAUUGGCGCCGACCGCGUCGGUGUGCGCUUCUCGCCCGCGAAUGGGUACAAUUCGAUGACCGACUCGGACCCGAAU